CCAAAACUGCACUAUCUUUGGACAGUUUGUUUUGUGCGCUUCUUCAGAGAAAGGCUGUUGGUGUCCGGUUUCCCUGAAUACCUCUCUCUCUCUCUCUCUCUCUCUCUCUCUCUCUCUCUCUCUCUCUCUCUCUCUCUCUCUCUCUCUCUCUCUCUCUCUCUCUCUCUCUCUCUCUCUCUCUCUGGCUGGCUCUCCCGGUCUCAUCGCGGGGGGCUGGCGUGUGAUCUGAUCUCCGACCUGUCCUCGCGACUCACCGGGAGGGGGGACACGACACAAUCACCACCCAACACGCGCUCGACUGGGGCCAGGCUGUGCGAGUCACGGAUCGCUCCCGAGUCGCCCCGCGCGCUCGCCCUUGGGCUUGCGCCCAUGGAGGGGGACGUCAUGGACAAACUGGGGGACAUGGCCUCGGUGUAUGAGUUCGACCCGAUCACCGGGAACAUCCCCGCUACUAAAGUAGAGAUCACCGUCUCAUGCAGGAAUCUACUAGAUAAAGACACAUUCUCCAAAUCUGACCCAUUGUGUGUGCUCUACACCCAAGGAGUGGAAACCAAGCAGUGGAGAGAGUUUGGGAGAACAGAGGUGAUUGACAACACUCUAAACCCAGACUUUGUCAGGAAGUACAUCCUGGACUAUUUCUUUGAGGAGAAGCAGAAUCUACGCUUUGACUUAUAUGAUGUGGACUCUAAAAGCCCAGACCUGUCCAAACACGACUUCUUGGGUCAAGUGUUCUGUACCCUGGGGGAGAUCGUGGGGUCACCUGCCAGUCGACUGGAGAAACCACUGGGGGGGAUAGCUGGGAAGAAAUGUGGCACCAUAAUUCUAUCUGCAGAGGAGCUGGGAAACUGUAGAGACAGCGCAACGAUGCAGUUCUGUGCCAACAAACUGGACAAGAAGGACUUCUUUGGCAAGUCAGAUCCUUUCAUGGUGUUCUACAGGAGCAACGAAGACGGAACGUUUACUAUCUGCCAUAAGACAGAGGUGGUGAAAAAUACGUUGAAUCCAGUUUGGCAGUCAUUCACCAUUCCAGUCAGAGCACUCUGCAAUGGGGACUUUGACAGAACGAUCAAGAUAGAGGUGUACGACUGGGACCGAGAUGGCAGCCAUGACUUCAUAGGCGAGUUCACCACUAGUUACCGGGAGCUGGCUCGAGGCCAGAGCCAGUUCAAUGUCUAUGAGGUGGUGAAUAUCAAAAAGAAAAUGAAGAAAAAGAAAUAUGGGAAUUCUGGAACGGUGACCCUCCUCUCCUUUUCAGUGGAAUCCGAGUGCACCUUCCUGGAUUACAUCAAGGGAGGGACCCAGAUCAAUUUCACUGUGGCCAUCGAUUUCACUGCGUCUAAUGGUAACCCAUCCCAGUCCACUUCUCUACACUAUAUGAACCCAUACCAGAUGAAUGCAUACGCCAUGGCCUUGAAGGCUGUAGGGGAGAUCAUCCAGGACUACGACAGUGAUAAGAUGUUCCCUGCCUUGGGCUUCGGAGCCAAGCUGCCCCCGGAUGGACGGGUCUCACACGAGUUCCCACUGAACGGUAACAUAGAGAACCCCUACUGUAACGGUAUAGAUGGCAUCCUGGAGGCCUAUCACGAGAGUCUGAAGACUGUUCAGCUCUACGGACCAACCAACUUCGCCCCCGUAGUCAACCACGUGGCCAGUUAUGCUGCAGCGGUUCAGGACGGGUCCCAGUACUUCGUCCUCCUCAUCAUCACAGACGGAGUCAUAUCAGACAUGGCUCAGACCAAGGAGGCCAUCGUCAAUGGGGCUAAACUGCCCAUGUCCAUCAUUAUCGUGGGAGUGGGACAGGCUGAGUUUGACGCCAUGGUGGAGUUGGAUGGUGAUGACAUCAGAAUUUCAUCCAGAGGGAAGCUUGCAGAGAGAGAUAUUGUCCAGUUUGUCCCAUUUAGAGACUACAUGGACCGAACAGGAAAUCACGUGUUAAGUAUGGCCCGGCUAGCCAAGGAUGUCCUGGCUGAGAUCCCUGAUCAGUUAAUCUCCUAUAUGAAGAGUAGGGGCGUCAAACCCAACCCCACACCGCCUCCCUACACACCCCCUGGACACACACACCACACACAGAUCUGAGCCCACCACACAAACCUUUACACUGAGUACUGACGAGAGACGGAGUCAAAGAUUUGCAGACCCUGGGAACUCUCUACUUCCUGAUUGGAAUGUUGGGACGGGAAGUGAUGUAAUAGGAAGUUGCUGAAGCAAUAGGUGUUUGUGUCAGGACUUUCCCAGACAGGUGACUCUCUGGAGAAGACAACAGCGUUUCUGUUCAUUGUGAUUCUAUCUAUUCUGUCUGUUUCUCUGCGAAAGAGAGACGGCAAUGGACAGACCAUACAAGGACUUGUCUUUUUAUCAACAUACAUGGGCCAGUGACUGUUUCUUCUUGUCUUGUUUGAGAGCGGGUGGGUGAAGGGGUCAUGUGGGGUCAUAUUGUGGUUGAAACUUGUGCCUGUCUGUGAUCUGGUUGUCUAACUGUAAUGGGACAAGUGGAACUCUCAUCUGAACUCUGAUCUUUGACUUUUGACCUAGCUCGCCAUUGGUGUAUUAGAGUGUGUGAUAAGGUGAUGUUUUUGGAUACUUUUCCAUUCAUUUUUGUUUUGUUUUGGGCCUACACAUUCCCAUAUUAAUUUGUAGCUUUAUGAUUUAAGGUUGAAAAAAAGAAAAGUAUAUUCACCUUGUGAGUUUUCUUUUUUAGUCAUUGAGUGUCUUUGCUCUUUGUACUCCCAUAAGUUGUAGACUCUUCUCUUGCUUUCUAUUUUAAAGCAUGUUCGUAUAUAGGAUGGAAUUCCCCAUAUGUCUGUAUUUAUAAUGUAUCAAAAGUGGCAUGGAUAUAUAAGGAUAUAUAAUUAAUAUGUGACCAUCCAGUUUGGAUUUCUCAAUUACAAACAAGGAUAGUUUAACAAUAUGGAGAAGCACAAGGGAGAGCUCAUCAUAGCUCUCUAAACCACUUAACCACCACCACAGGAAUGUAACUAUGCACAUCAGCGUUUGGACACACUAGAACCUGUCUGUGACAUACAUACAUACAUACAUACAUACAUACAUACAUACAUACAUACAUACAUACAUACAUACAUACAUACAUACAUACAUACAUACAUACAUACAUACAUACAUACAUACAUACAUCAGAAGUAUUGCUUUAUUUUUUUCAAGGGUUCUGAUAGUUUACCGUGUCCUAUAUUUCAUCAGUCAAAGAGUGAAAAUAUAUAACUCUUUCAACUACUAUUUUCUUCUCUCUCUCUCUUUCCAUCUCCCCAAUUCCCAUAGUGAAUGGAUUUUUGCUUAUUGACAUUAAACUGCUGGAUAAAGACAGCAAAUGUAUUCACUUGAAUCACAUUGAAUUCCAUUGAAACCUUUUCAUAACCAACAAUAACUCGCCCACCAGUCCUUUACCGUCCAUCCCUCUCUCUCUGGUCACCCAACAGCUUCUCUCUCCCUGAGAAUAAGCCAUUAUUGUGUUAUAAUCAGAUGAAGCCAGGCUGAAAUUAAAUCAAGCUGAGGAGUAUAGACAGUCUGGACACCUGCUGCACGGUACACACAUAGACAGACAGACAGAGGGACGGAUCUCCUCAGCUAGCUAAAUACUCUGUAGGCCUUAACGUACUGUAGACAGCAUUCCAACCAAGCCUGAUAAACAACUAAGGUUGAACAAUUCUGUUAACUUUUCCAAAAUGUUCAGGUUUUCCAGAAAUCCUGCUUUGAAAAUUCCUGGAAUCACAAGGAACAUUCCUUGAAAACCUAGGACUUUUUGCAAAGUUACCGGAGUUUUGCAACCCUAUUCACAGCUCUCUUCUCUUGGAGUCAUAAUCGCUAAGAGUACUGUAUGUUUUGGAAAUGGCUAAACCUGGUUCUGUACAGUGUUGUGUAUAAUAUAUGGGGAUAAAGACAAAUGGUAUAUCUGAUAUCUAUACAGUUAAUUAUAUGGCUUGUUUUUUCUUACUAAGUGGUGUGGACCUAGAGUAUCAGGAGUGAGUGUGUGUGUUCAAUAAUAAGAGUGGUUUACAACAGUACAUAUUCCUACUGAUAAACUUUAAGGAAAGCACUUUAUUCUAUUCCUUAAGAGGUGUACUGGUACUUCGACAGUAUGUUUAUUUAUACAUUUUUAGAGAUAGUGAUGAUCUUAUUGAUAUAUUAUAUGAUUCACUUAAUUUUUUCUGCAAUUUGUAUGAUAAAAAGCCAUUUAUUCUGCCGACAACGCCACAAUAAUAGAAGUAGACUUGCACACUGACUUCAAUGGGGAUGUUAUUCGUUCUAGUAAUUCUAUUUCUAUGGCUACGCUAUAAAAAAAAAACAGUAUUUAUUUUAAAUGUUUAACUUGGCAAGUCAG